ACCUUCUGUCAGAAUCUGCAAUGCAGAGAGAGAAAAUAAAGUGGUUAUUUUUCAGCUGUCAAUUGGGGUCAAUAAAAACGUUUUGAAAACGGUGAAACUCUGAACUCCUUUAACUUUUCCUUUGAAUGGUUGUGUUAUUUUGUAUAGAUUUUGUGUUUCCAUAGACAAAAUUUUCGAAUGAAGCAUUGGAUUGUAUUACAACAAGACAACACAAAUACAUACAAACACAACCAUGUUGAAUCAAGAAAAAACAACAAAAAUGGCUUCUUCUUCUUCUUCUUUCAAAUCUUACAGUACAAUCCCUAUCCUUUUCAUUUUUGUUGCUUUCCUGUGUACUCCUGUCUUGUCCAAUCCUCUCUUGUCUGAUGCCAGUAACCGCAAUCAGACUCUCAGGCCACGCCAUGAGCUAAACAAGUUGAAGAGAAUAAGAAAUUACCUCAAGAAAAUUAACAAGCCUGCAGUUAAAACAAUUCAGAGCCCAGAUGGUGAUUUAAUUGAUUGUGUUCGAUCUCAUCUUCAACCAGCUUUUGAUCAUCCCAAGCUCAAAGGCCAGAAGCCAUUGGAGCCACCAGAGAGACCUAAGGCGCAUGAUUCAAUAAAUUCAACGGAAUUUCAGCUAUGGGCAGAAUAUUCCGGCGGAUUUUGUCCAGAAGGAACUGUUCCGAUCAGGAGGACGACAGAGAAAGAUGUUUUAAGGGCUAGUUCAAUUCGCAGAUUUGGACGAAGAAUCAGAAGAGGAGUCCGGCGAGACACCAUGAGCAGUGAUCAUGAGCACGCAGUUGCUUUCGUUAAUGGGGAUCGUUAUUAUGGAGCUAAGGCCAGCAUAAAUGUGUGGACACCUCGAGUAACAGACCAAUACGAGUUCAGUUUGUCCCAGCUUUGGGUCAUUUCCGGCACAUUUGGCAAUGAUCUUAAUACCAUUGAAGCCGGUUGGCAGGUCAGCCCGGAGUUAUAUGGAGACAAUUAUCCUAGGUUCUUCACUUAUUGGACGACGGAUGCAUACCAAGCAACAGGAUGCUACAACUUGUUAUGCUCUGGCUUUGUCCAAAUCAACAACAAAAUUGCUAUCGGAGCAGCAAUCUCGCCAAGGUCAUCCUACCACGGUAGACAAUUCGAUAUUGGCAUAAUGAUCUGGAAGGACCCCAAGCAUGGACACUGGUGGCUCGAAUUUGGUUCAGGACUUCUUGUGGGAUACUGGCCCUCAUUCCUGUUCAGCCAUUUACAAAGCCAUGCAAGCAUGAUACAAUUUGGAGGAGAAAUAGUGAACACUAAAUCCACGGGAUAUCACACUUCAACACAAAUGGGCAGUGGCCAUUUUGCAGAUGAAGGAUUUGGCAAAGCUUCUUAUUUCAGAAAUUUGAAAGUUGUUGAUUGGGAUAAUAGUUUGAUUCCACUCAAUAAUCUUCAUUUAUUAGCUGAUCAUCCAAAUUGUUAUAAUAUAAAAGCUGGAAAAAAUAAUGUAUGGGGAAAUUAUAUUUAUUAUGGAGGUCCUGGAAGGAACUCAAGGUGUCCAUAAAAAGAUGAAGAAAAUUUGACAGAAAAAUGUAGAAAACAACCUAAUUAUGAUUCCUCCUAAAUUCUUUGUACUCCUUUGAAGGGAGUUUGGCCAUCUUUGUAGUUUCCUCCCAAUAGAUCCAUUGCUUCUUAGACCUUCCAGAUUUGAUGUAAAUUUUUGAGUUGAGAAACUGGUAAUAUAACAGGGUUUGUAUUUUCUCCA